AUGGGUGGUUGGCUGUCGCCAAUCUACCACCAGAGGUGCUAUCACUACAACCACGGUACCACGGCGGCCUCAGGAGUGGUAGGAGCUGUAAUAGACAUCUACAUCUUGAUACUCCCACUUUUCCUUGUCUGGGAGCUGCGAACCUCGACAAAACGCAAGACAGGGCUUGCUGCCAUUUUCAUUGUGGGGUCCUCAGCAUGUGUGUUCUCUAUAGUCAGUGCGUACUAUCGCCUCAACAUCGUUGUGAAUCCACGCAACGACAUCACGUGGGACACAAUGCCGAUCUACGGUUGGAGUAUUGCCGAAAUCAACGUAGGCAUUUUGUGCAGCUGCAUACCGGUGGCCUUUGUACUGUUGAAGGGCAUGGUGGAGAAAUCGAGCACGUGGUCAAGCUACUUCUGGUACAAGUUCACUGGCGGCAGCAGCAAACCGACCGAUCCCGGCGGUGUCAGCGGAGGUCCAAACAAACAGCCUCUGCAUGCACAACCCAGCUAUGACCCGAAACUUCCUCAGGUACCCAAGGCGGCCAUGACGGGGAUGCGGUCCUUUCUUGACAAGUUCGGACAAAGCAAGGCGGAGAAAACACACGCGACUGCGCGCACAGAUGGCCUGGAUAGGACCUUGAUGAGCGUGGAUUAUGACUAUCAUAAACAGUUGAGGGCCGGCCAUAACACUGUGAGGAUGUUGGACAAUAACGACAGUCCCGAAGUUGCCAACCCUGAAGGAACGCCACUCGAAAGGCCGGAAGAACCUAUGCAUUACCGGAAUUAUCACGCGCAAGAUGCGACAUCUUACUUCGAGGGCUUGAUCGCCGAGAUCCGGUCCUUGAACUUGAUCCCUUACGGAGGCGACGCCUUCUCGAGGGAGUUCUUUGGCGAUGCAUAUCCUGAAGCCCGUGACGAGGUGAAGAAGAUGCUUAUAGAGGAGUACGGAUGGGGCUCACAGAACUUCAGGCAAGAAGAUUGGGCCAGAGACGCCGAAGGAGUCUGGAAAACCAUUAUUCGUAACAAUUGCACCUGA